AUGUCCACGUCGACGGUUCAUUGGAGCCCGGGCGAGGCAUCUCUUGGUCGAGCCAGCCUGAACUCCAUCCUUGGCGGAAUUCACAACCGCCUGGACGUCACGGAGGAGAUGAUGAAGGCUGCGACCAUCGGUCGAAGCUCCGAGUUGGGUCCGAACUGGGAACCACCUGGCAUGGUGUCUCGGAAGAUCGCCUCGAUCCUCACAGAAGGGGGCCGCCGGCCAGACGACGACUCUGCGAAGUCUCAUCGGGAGGUGGCCCAGUACAUGAAGGCCAUUCAGGAAGCCGCAAAGAAGGAGCCUUCCCGGAUCACUCGCCUCGCCGAGGAGCCACGGCGGCCGGCGCAGAGCCACUCGGAGCCACGUCUGCCAGCCCGUGAGACACCGUGGCGCACCAUGUUGCCCAGGCGGGCACCCAGCACUGCGCUGCUUGCUGCGGGAACGGCUGCGGCGGGACCCGUGCAGGGGAAGGCAUCCAAUGGCUACGACACUGGCAAGGUGCCAAAAAGAGUCCCAUUAUCCUGGCAGCCGAAGGAGCCGUCGCUGGCGAGAGACAGCUUCAAUGCAAUGACGCGCAAUCAGAACCUCGAUGUCACUGAGGUGAUGAUGCGAAAUGCCAUGAUGGGGAAAGCAGCGAUGAUGGGUCCGGAGUGGGACCCACCUGGCAUCGUUUCCAGGAAGAUUGCGGGAAUCCUUUUCCCGGAGGGAGUCUCUUUCCAUAGCACGGAAGAGCAGGAAAGAUACGUGGCGAAAUGGUGCAGGGACCGCGCCGGGAUGGACCCCGCCAAGCUGCCCAUCACGUUUCGAUGGUACGAAGCCAGCUAUGUGGAGGCCGUGCGGAGCAUUUUCCCUUCUGGUGACAAUGCAGAGGUUCUCGCAGAAUGCGAGAAAGAUGUUCUCGUGUUGGAGGAGCCCGAGCAUCUCUGCUGGUAUCACAAUGGCCCCAGGUGGACCGAGCUCUACCGUCAUGUGAUUGGCGUGGUGCAUACCAACUACCAGGCCUAUCUGGAGAAAAUGGAGUACGAGGGACUGAUGAGCAGUGCCACGAUCCGCGAUAGCCUGUUCUCAACCUUCACGACGAUGGUCUGCAGCGCGUACUGUGAUGUGACCAUCAAGCUCUCCUCAGCAGGGAUGUCUCUUCCGAACGAGGUGAAAUACAACGUGCAUGGUGUGCGGAAGGAGUUCUUCGAGGGCGCGCGGCGCGCCGAUGUGAAGCGGAAGAGGCUGCGCCUGAAGCCCCAGAAGAGCGCCAACCAGGUUUAUUUCAUCGGCAAGGCUGUCAAGCCAAAGGGAUGGGUCAGACUGAUCAAGCUGCUGGGCAAAUUGCCCACCGGAGAGGGCUGGGCUGACUUCGCCGUGGAUGGCUUCGGAUCUGGUGCGGAUGCAGAGGAGAUUCAAGCAAUGGUUCAGACCUUGAACGAGGAGCACAAGACAGAUCAUCCGGUAAUGAACAUGUCUGCGGGCCUUGACCAUGCGGACAAGCAUUUCGACCAGUACAAGGUUCUCCUGAAUCCUUCUACGACCGAGAUGCUAUGCACCGUUACGGCGGAGGCGCUGGCACUUGGAAAGCGGGUGGUGCUGCCCGACCAUUCGUCCAACGCGUACUUCAAGGCAAACUUCGCCGACAGAUGCCAUUUCUUCGACCUGCAGGAGCUUGGCUCCUUUGAAGCGGCCCUACAGGCGGCUCUCGGCGCAGAGGGGCCAACGCCGCUGCCUGCUGAAGCUGAGGAGAAGCUUCGUUGGGAAACGGCAUCGGAGAGGUUCUACGAUGCAUCUCAGGUGCACGUCCUUUCAGGGAGGCUCUCCCGGCCAUCAGAGGCCAGAGGAGCAAAGCUAGCCUACGAACUGCACAGCCGCUUCCAGACGGACACCCCGGCCAUGUCUGCAGCUUUGAAAUCUGCCACUUUGAAGGAAUCUGGCUCGUGGGACACCGUUCUGGAGAGCGGCCCCGGCAGCGAUCUGCUGGCGCGGCUGAAGCGUUUCACCAUGUUGGAGCAAACCACUGACUUCGAUGACACGUCUUCCAAAGUCAACGAGGCUGCAGUGAUGGGCGGCGUGACGUCCAUCGCCGAUUGUGUUGGCGAGAACGAGCUGCCAAAGGCUCGCCGCUUGCCACCGAGUAAACUGCGAGGAGGCUUCAUGCAGUCUAUCCUGGAUUCAGACGCAUGCGGAUUCCAGUCCCGAUGCGAUUGCGCUGAAGCAAGUUUCUCCGACGAGCGCCAGAAGUACCGAAUGAACAAGCCUCGUCGCGACUCGCUGCUUGAGGAGCUCUUUGCUGCUCACGAUCUGAACAAGAAUGGGCUCUUGGAGGAGUUGGAACUGAUUCAGCUGAACAAGAAGAUUGUUCUGCUCCACUAUGGUCGAAACGCGGACCUGGAUGCGGUCAAGAGUAAGUACCAGGACAUUUUUCGCAGAAACCUGAGUACUACUGGGGAGCCAGUCAACUUUCCCGUCUUCCGGGACUACCUUCACCAGGUGCUCAACUCCAUCGAUCCGGAUCCUACUGCCCAGGAGAUGAUAUUGGAGCAGUGGCUAGCAGAGGCUCAAGCCGCCCGCCUGAUGUUCCACAUGCCGUCUGUGAUGAGCGUGUCGGAUCUGCCUUUCCUGUCCACUAUCUCCUUCGACCAGGAUGACCUGGAGUACAAGCCUUCAAGCCGGCGCUCGGUGGACACGGCUUCCACAACGGCAUCCGUUUCUAUGCCAGUCGUCUCAACAGCACCUAUCCGCUGCACCUCCUUCGUCCACACCGGCCCACCGACGGAGGACGAGAAGGCCUAUUUUCGAGCAUGGACCUGUUGCCCAGAGUAA